UGACAUAAAGUCCAUUUUUCUCUGGACUGAGGUCGGGCCAAUUUGAGAUCUCACCAUUGUACGAUAUGUGGUUCCAAUCCAAUCCACUCUCCGCCUCGCCAUCCACCAGCCUAGUCCAUACCAGUCCAUUCUGUUACCCCGGCCUCGCGAAUCCAUCCACGACUGUAUGAACGUCGAGGGACAGACAGUCACGCCUUCGUCCCCUUCCUUUUCUUUGGGUUGGCAUUACGUUCGUCCGUCCUCCUUGCUUCCCUCUACCUCUUGAGAGCCUUCUGCUCUUGUCUGCUACGUCUCUGGAUCUCUGUGUCUUGCUUUGGUUCGAUUCUUGGUUGGAUCGACAUUGAGUGUGGAGUGUGGAGUGUGGACUUCUGGUCGAUCGGUCGGUGAUGUCCAAGAGCCGCUACGAAAAUUACCAACGUACCACGGUCAGCGGUCACGGUCAGCAUCAAGAUAUCUGAGAUUUUGAUCAAAAGGAGGAUACAAAACUGUGAGUGGAAGGUGACUGUGAGAUCUGCCGCGAAUCACGCCUCUAAGCACCAUUUCCGCAGUGGGAGGGUGUCUCCCUCAUUCAUAACUUAUUAUUUCAAACUCAGCCUUAGCCGUGUUGAUCAGAGCGGGCGGUGCUUGCCGUGGUGCCAGAGCGCCCACCCCGUCCAGGGGUUCACUGAGACAGGAUAUUGAUUGACACGUUGAGUCUUGCUUGGUAAACCAUGUCGAACAUCGCGCAGCAACGCAUUCAACGCGAGUUUCGCGAAGUGGUCAAGAGUGACGAGGUUGCCAAGUCGGGUAUUGAGCUAGCCUUAGCGCACGACGACCUCACCGAGUUAGUUGGCACCAUCAAAGGACCGCCGGACACGCCCUAUGAAGGUGGCACUUACCAGCUCGAGAUCCGUAUUCCCGAUACUUAUCCGUUCAACCCACCCAAAGUGCGGUUUGUCACCAAGAUUUGGCACCCCAACAUUUCUUCUGUGACUGGUGCCAUUUGUUUGGACAUCCUCAAAGACCAGUGGGCCGCGGCCAUGACUUUGCGAACUGUGUUACUCUCGCUACAGGCUCUGCUGGCCGCCCCGGAACCCGAUGACCCACAGGAUGCUGUGGUGGCGCGUCAGUUUAGCGCCGACUACAAGACCUUCUUCAAGACGGCUCAGCAUUGGGCCUCGGUCUUUGCCGGGGCUCCGCACGAGCAUCCUGAUUUCGAUCGCUUGCUCACUAAACUGAAAGAUAUGGGCGUGGACGAAAGCUCUGCCCGUGUGGCCCUGUCUUCCUGCGGCUGGGACAUUCAUCGGGCCACUGAGCAACUCUUCAAUUGAUCAACAAUAUCAUUAUCCUGGCUCCCAUUCCGUUAAAGUCUGAAUGAGUAGCUUUCGUACCCUUGGCAUCACACUGACAGACCCACUAAAAAUAUCGCGUGAAAUUCUUAAAUAUAGUUUAUAUGCCGCUAGUCCAGGCCAGACUCUUAACGUAGUUUGUGAUAUCUGGCUUAAUGGUCUACUGACACUUUAUGUUCCACUAG